UUUUUCCCGCAUGGGAGUGAAGGAGGAGACUGCAUAUAACUAACACGGCGUUGACUUCGCGGGCAAACCCGCGAUUUGUGCUAUUUAUAUGUAUAUAUAUCUAUGUACAUCAGAUAACUGCGCUGAUUUUGGUACUUCUCAGGAGCAUUAUGGCGGAACCAACAACUUCAGCUCCAUCUGGGGUAUCGCAAAAAGCGGCCCCGAAACCUCCGCCUCCUCCAAAGCCCCAGAAUCCGGCUCUCCGUAUGCUCGGCCUACCAAAUAUCCGACUGAAGUUGCCUUCGAGGAAUUGGCUCAUAUUCCUGUCUAUCACUGGGUCAUUUACCACGGCCCUGGUCUACGACCGCAGACAGAAACGAAGAGCGCAAGAAAAGUGGUCCAAUUUAGUAGCGCACAUUGCUAAGGAACCACUGCGGGCCAAUGAAGCUCGAAGAAAACUUACAAUAUUCCUAGCUGCCCCGCCGGGCGAUGGGCUGAGGAGCGCGCGAGAAUACUUUAAGGAGUAUAUAAAACCCAUUCUAGUUGCUGGGGCCUUGGACUAUGAGGUACUGGAGGGUCGACGGGAAGGGGAUAUCCGAGCAGCUGUUGCGAACAGAAUCAGGAAAACAAGGCGGCAAGCGGGCGAAGGGCAGCCAAUUGAGGAGGACGAGGCAGACAAUUUCCUUCAACAAAUUCGACAGAAUUUUGGUAUUGAGGACGAACCUGUAAUCAAGGGAGAUGUGGUGAUCGGUCGUCAUACAUGGAAGGAAUAUAUCCGCGGUAUUCACGAAGGGUGGUUAGGACCAAUGGAUGCACCCGCCCCUGAACCCGAAGCCUCUCCCAAUCCAGAGCCAUCGCCCAUAAAUGCUGCUUCUCCGCCAGCUAACAGAGAAGACGGCUCUCCCACGUGUUCAGAACAGCCACAGGAGAAUAAAGAAGCAGAACCUACACCGGAAAAGACACCAGAAGAAAAGAAAAAGGAAGAGAAGAAACCGUCCGGCCCUACGCCCGCAUAUAUCUUCCCUGCUGCCUACCCCUCUCAACAACUCGCGCCGUCAAUCCCGCAGGAAAUCGACGCAUCUCCCGUCGCAUUCCCCCAUAUUCUAGGUUUCCUCAAUACCCCUAUUCGCAUAUACCGCUUCCUCACCCAACGAUAUCUCGCCGACGCCAUAGGGCGGGACGUCGCUACUAUCGUCCUCGCUGCAUCAACCCGACCUUAUGCGGAGAAUAAUGACAGCGUAGACUAUGAAUUUGCAGCCUCCGCCACUGCGACUACUGACGACGCUUCUCCGUCCUCACCAUCAUUAUCAUCCUCCCAUCAAUUCCUCUCAAAACAUUACGAACAGCAAACUCUCCUCGAGAGCGAGGAGCAAGAAUGGCCUAAAUCUGUACGAAAGCAAAAGGAACAUCCAGAUAUUAAAGAACGAGAAUGGCUAGAUGAUGUCGUCAUGGAUUCACGCAUUGCAUCACGGAUGCGCAGAUUUGAUCUUCCCGCAGAGGAUGAAGAGAGAGCACAGCGGAUAGGUGAAGGGACAGAGUGGAUUCGCGGAGAGGAGAUGCCUGUUCAUAUCCCGACUUGGAAACGGAUCUGGAACACAUAUGGGUGGGGUGAGGAGGAUGAUGGACGGCCAAAAGUCAUUAUUGGGAAUUUGGAUGGGGAAGAUGGAGAGUAGUGAUAGGAGGACUUGAGUGGUUUCGAGAGAGGGUUCGAUGAACGUAUGCUAUACGUUUGUAUCUAGUUCUAUCUAUCUGCAUGUAUAGGCCCAUAUUUUAGAUAUCCCGUGUACAAUAGAGUGUGUAAUUAUUUACUUGUUAUGUGUUUCAUACAUGGAUAAUGUGAAAGGUGUAAAGCUUGCUUGAUUCAAAGGUUGCUAGCUAGUGAGAAGUUAUAUAGUGAAAGGAUUAAUAAGCCAGAACAUCAUAUGUGACCUGAC